AAAUAUUAAUUAUUAUUUUAAUUCUAUAAAUGACGGCUUAUAAAAUGCGGAAAAUUGUGUUUGUGAUUUUUGUGUUCCUACUGGCUUUAGUGUUGUGUGCUAAAAGAAAAGAAGAUAAGACAAAAUGUCCUAAAGUUAAAGCCAUAAGGAAUUUCGAUAUAGAAGGAAUAUUGCACAAAUGGUACGUGAUGGAAUACUAUGCGAGCUCCGAAGAAGCUUUGGCCUAUAGAUGUAUGCGCGCCGAAUUCACUAUGUCGUCGCCAGAAGUGAUCACUAUGAAUUUCACUUACAGUUUUACUGAUGAUCCUUUAAACGAGCAAUUAAUUGGAAAUAUUACUUGGACUAUACCUAAUCCUGCUGUACCUGCUCAUUGGACACAUUCGGAGGAUACAUAUGAAGGAGUUUACAACACAUAUGUUCUGGAUUCUGACUACGUUUCGUGGGCUUUACUCUUACAUUGUGCAGAAAAAUCUAAAGUACCAAGAUAUCUUUCCAGCUUUAUUAUGAGCCGAGAACCGACUCUCGGCAUAAACGUUAUAUCUUACCUAAGAGAAAAACUGCCUCAGUACGACAUCGAUCUCUCGUUUAUGUUCGAUAUGACUCAAGUCGAUUGUAAUGCUACAAAUUUAGAAAAUAUUCCACCUUCUUUAUUGGCUAAUAGAUACCCCAUAGAAAUGGGAGACCGGCGACAUCCUAUGAAGCAUAUCCAUGGAUAGAUACAAAAGAUGAUUUUGAAUGUAAAUAGGCAUAGAUACAUAUAUACCAAAUAAAAUAUAUGUAGGUA